AAGUAUAAAGACUAAAAAAGUAGAAUGUCUCACCGUUGAUCGAGCACUACGUCAUCAGAGUGCGCGGUGCUCUCAGAGAGGAGGUGGCAGAUGCCUCUUCGAAACAACAGUCAGUUGUCGACUGCUUACGACCAGUUUUUCCUCUCAUACUGCUGAAGAGCAGCUGUUGGGAUGCCAAAGAAGUUCCAGGGCGAGAACUCCAAGGCGGCCACAGCCAGAGCCCGCAAGGCUGACGCCAAGGCAGUGGCGGACGCCCGCAAGAAGCAGCAGGAAGAGGAUGCUCUGUGGCAGGAGACUGACAAACAUGUACUCAAGAAAGAGCAGAGAAAGGACGACAAGGAGAAGAAGAGGCUUGAGCUCCUGGAGAGGAAGAAGGAAAACCAGCGACUUCUGGAUGAGGAAUCUGCCAGGAUAAAAGGCAAAGCCCAGAAGGAGGCUGCACUUGGAGGAAAAGUGACUCGUGCCCAGAUUGACGAGGUGCUUCAGAAUGAGCGACUGAAGCAGGAGGAUCAGGAAAUAAAGCCGAAAGAAAAGAGCCACCUGGAGGUUCCCCUGGAGGAGAACGUGAACAGAAUCAUCCCUGAUGAGGGAGCUGUGGAAGCCAGGACAAUAGAAGACGCCAUCGCUGUGCUCAGCACUGGACCUGAGGAAUUGGACCAUCACCCAGAGCGGAGGAUGAAAGCAGCGUUUGCUUCCUAUGAGGAGGCCAACAUGCCUCGCCUAAAAAAGGAGAACCCCAACAUGAGGUUGUCUCAGCUGAAGCAACUGCUGAAGAAAGAGUGGAUGAAGUCACCAGAGAACCCCCUGAACCAACGCUUUGCCUCCUACAACUCAAAAUGAAUGCACUGUCUCCCCCGAAACUCCAUCUGAGAACUGUCUGCCUAUGCACAUUGGAGACUUCCAUUGAAAAAUUUGAAUCAUUUCAUCUAAAAAUGAGCGUUACUGCUGAGAGCCGCCCAGAAACAAUCUCUACAGGUCCAGAGGACGCAGAUUUGUUGGUUCACUCACUAGAAAGGAGAAGCUGAUUUUCCCUUAUCAAGGUCACAACUGAUCAUCAUGUCUGUGCACGUGGCCUCUAAUAAGAAAUUAAGCAUCUAAUAAGUUUGAUAACAUCUUGUUUUUUUUUUCUCUAGCACUUCUGGGGAGGUGGGAGAGCAGAUGUUUUGAGAGUAACUUAUUAAAGUUCACCACUCAAUCAUA